GCACAUUCAUUUGUACCGCCAAGUGUCAAGGAUUUGGAGUGGGAGGGAAGCUAGCACGUUGCAUUUGACGUGGAGUGAAACCUCAGUUGUCUUCCUGCUGGCGUUUUCACUUUACUUACUCGUAGGUACAAUUUUACAAGCGUCAAAGCAAAGUGUCUCUGCUCGAACGCCGCCCAGAAACGAACACAGAGCGCCAGGGAGAUUUGCCUCCUCGCCGAUUUGUAACUAUUAUGGCUGGUAGCGCCACCAAAACAGUGCACGAUAUUUUUCAAAGCAUGGAGUACGGACCAGCAGCAACUUCUAGCACGGCCACUGCACAGGCCUGGCUGGAUCACCAUUCUCGUUCUCUGGGACUGUUCAUUGAUGGCAAGUUUGUCCGUCCAGCAGACAGACAGACGCGCUCCCUGGCUGAUUCUAAAGGUGGUAAUGUGUGCAGCACUGUGUGUGCCGUUGAGGACGAUGUUUCCCAGUGUGCCUCCUCAGCUGUUAAUGGCUACAAAGCCUGGAGUGGGAUGACCUGCUAUAACAGGGCUAAAGUGCUGCUCAGGUUGGUGAGCAUUCUUGGGCAGCAUAGUAAGUGUUUCGCAGAGCUGUGUGACCUAUGUCAGGCCUCCUGCUCGCCCUCCACCUUGGUCAGACUGCUGCAGUACUACAGCAGCUGGGCUCAGCUCAGAGACACUCUCAUCACUAACUGGACACCACUGGGUGUGGUGGCAGUAGUCGUCUCAGAUGACUGCUCGCUCUAUUCCCUUAUGCUUAAAGUCCUGCCAGCACUGGCUAUGGGCAACUCUGUCAUCAUUGUCCCUGGUCGGACCACCGCCCCUCCAGCGCUCCUGUUGGCACAGCUUUUUACAAGCGCAGGACUUGCUGCUGGGGCUCUUAAUGUCUUAACAGGAAGUGAUAUGUUGCUAGGUGCCAAAGUGGCCCAGAACCAGAGCAUCAGCUAUGUCACAUACAGUGGCAAUAAGCAGGAUGGGGUAAUGCUGUGUAAGGCCACGGCAGGGAUGGGCGUUCCCAUCUCUAUAUCCCCCUGCAUCGGUGCCACAUGUCCCUUCAUCAUUUUUGAGUCAGCUGACCUUGACAGCGCUGUAGAUGGAGUGAUAGAAACUGCCUUCAAAAAGAAGAAAGAGGUCCACUGGGUGUUGUGCGUGCAAGAGAGUGUGUUGGACAGUGUUGUGAGUCGUCUCAGGCUGCGUAUGGCAGGGGUGAAGUGUGUUGGCCUGCACAGUGAUGCAGACAGGGCCCAGGUGGACAUGGAUAUACAGGAGGCUCAGCAGCAGGGUGCCACGUUGAUUCAGUCCUGCGCUGCCCCAUCUUCAGGUGCCCUGUACCCUCCCACAGUGCUCUGUGGGGCCGCCCCCUCCUCUCCAUUUGUAGUCAGCCCAUCUCCUGGACCUCUGCUGCCUCUCAUGACCUUCAGGAGCAACACAGAAGCAGUGGCCCUGGGGAACCACAGUCCUCAUGGCCUGGCAGCCUCCAUCUGGACUGAAGACCUCACCCUGGCUCUGGAGACAGCAAAGAGUCUGUCGGUUGGCUCAGUGUGGGUAAAUUCCCACUCUGUGUCCGACCCUUGUCUGCCUGCCUCUGGUCACAAAGACAGCGGCAGCUGCACCGAUGGAGGACAGGAGGGUCUGUACCAGUUUCUACGCCCGUCCUGUUCUUCCUCUCCUCCUCUUCCUCGCUCCUCCCCUGUCUCUUUGGACUACACAAAGUUUGGAACAGCAGCAUCCCCAGCUAUCAUUCCUGAUGAUUCUGAUGCUUCCAGUGCCCCUAAGUCCUACCUGCAGUUUGUUGGGGGCAAGGCAUGUAAAUCUGAGUCUGGCUGCAGUGUAGCUGUGCAGCCACCAGGAGGCGGCAGUGUGUUAGCCUAUUGUCCAGAUGGAGGCCGGAAAGACGUCCGUAAUGCUGUGGAGGCAGCUAUCAAAGUCCAGCCUGGCUGGAUGAAAAAAAGUCCAUCUGCACGUGCCCAGUCUCUCUACUCUCUGGCCAAGGGCCUGGAGGCGAAGAGGCGGGAUAUAGCCGUGUCAAUCAACAUCCAGACUGGUCUGUCGAUGGAUGAGGCUGAGAAGGAGGUAGACCUCAGCUUUGCAAGGCUCAGUGACUGGGCUGCUUACUGUGACAAAGUGCAAGGUGGAACUCUGCCCAUACCACAGUCUGGCUCUGCUCUCUCCUUCCCUGAAGCCCUGGGUGUCGUGGGGAUUGUCCUCCCAGAAAAGAACCCUAUCCUCUCCAUGGUAACGCUCCUUGGGGCAGCCAUCGCCACUGGCAACGCUGUCAUCAUGGUCCCCAGUCAGAAGUAUCCACUGCCAGCCUUGGCAUUCAUUCAGGUGCUCCAGUCAUCAGACCUGCCAGCAGGUUUGGUAAAUAUCAUUUCAGGAGGUAGGGACCAUCUUACAGCGGCUCUGGCUAAUCACAGUGUCAUCAAGGCCAUCUGGUACUGGGGCAGUGCUGAGGGCUGUCAGUACCUCCAGUACACCUGCACCAGCCCUCUGAAAACCCUGCACCUCUUCUGCCAAAAGAAUGAGGAGGACAAAGAUGGCGGGAGGGACUGGACUCAGUCUCAUCCCUCACUGCUGGAGGAAAUGUGGAGGAACGCCGUCCAGUGGAAGAGUGUGUGGAUUCCCACUGCGUAGAAGACAGAGGGAGGGAGAGUUCCAGAUAUCCACUGUUUGAACAGCAGACCGUAGAGUUUAACUGUGACCUGUAGGGUGUAGAUAGAAACAGAACAAUCAAAUACUAACUGAUCAUGAAAAUCAGAAGAUGUCUACGAAAUUUAAAGUGAACAGACAACAAAUGCUCCCAGUAACCAAGCCUGACCCUCCUUAGAUACAUUUGCUGAAAAAAAAAAUAUAUAUAUAUAUUACUAGCAUAUAUAUUGAAUAUAUUAACAUUUGAGUUUGAGAAUAUGGUGGGAGGGCACCACAGAGUCUAGGGUGAAUUUUGGAAUUUACAACAACCAUGAAACACUUGAUGUAGAUAGGAGAUUUUAAAAAGACCACACCAAAACUUAAAAAUACUUCAAUUGAUAAAGGUCACAUGUUAGUAAUAUUGCUGACAUAUAAGAUGAUUGUUGUGUUGUGAAGGAAUGCGUUCAUUACUUUUAUAUAUCUCCUUGUAAUCUAUACACAGAACCACAUCUUAUUUUCAGUUGCAGAAACAUUUGAGAAAAAACUACAAGAGUAUUUCAGUGAAAUGUAAUGGUAUUGCAUCUUCAGUGUUUUUAAUAGUAUGGAUGACAAUGAAGGACAACAAUGGCUACACAGAUAAUACUAACCAGUAGGAUCAGUUCAUUAUUGGUUUGCUUCAUGUGAUGACCUGAUGUCUUUCUACCUCUAACUUUGCUUAAGUAAGUAUCCUUACUCUCAGGUCAGUGUUUGUCUUCCCCUUUCUCAGUCUGCAACUUGAAACCUCAUCUGCCUUACAAUUCUGUCUGACUGAACAAAGAUUAAUCAAUCCUCUUUCAACUCAAUCCAAAUAUGAUGAUGUACUGUACUGAAUGUCUUUAUUACUGUACAAUAAUACUGCCUUUAGCCAUGGAAGUACACUUAAUAUUCUGUGGUGCAAACAUUCCUGUUGAAAUUCAGUUCGUCUCCAUGUCCAAGUUCACAUUAUAAAAAACAAAACACGAGUGUUACUGUCACUGUCUAAAAGCCAUAAUUAAAAGAUGAAUGAAUGAAUGAAUAAAUGAAUGAAUUUCCUCAUUUUCUUGCCAUGUUUAUAGCCUUGCCAUUGGCUCAGUUCUUGGGCUGUUGUUUUGGUCACCACUUUUGAUUGUAACAGCCGUUGAAAGGUUUUCCAUGAAAAUGUGACAUUCAUGACAGAAAUUUAACAGCAUCUCCCUGCCUCCCAUGAUGGUUUUGUGCACUCAUACCUCAGAGUAGCCCAGUAUAACUUCAUUUCACAGCAGACAUCUUGACUUUGUAAACAGAUGAUAUAAGUAAUCAUAAAAUACUUUAAGAAGUGCCAGAAUGGAGAUGUCAUUAAAGUUUCAAUUUCACCUGUGCAUGUCCUGCUAUUACAAAUAAAAUAAACCAUAAAUUUAAA